AACCACUUCUGCGCGCAAUCCAACCCGAAUGACCUUUUCGCUCUUCUCUUCAGCCAAACGUAAUAAUUCCGAUUUCGACCUCGAAUCUGCUUUGCCGCACCACAUUCAUUUACUCAAAUCAAGAUCACGUUCGACCAUCACACCAACUAUGGCCCUUCUUUACAGCCCAAGCACAUCUGGACACUGGCACGCCGCUCCCGACGAUGAAUCAGAACACGCCUACGAAACUGUUAAUGACUUCCUUGGCGUUAAAGUGUCGGACCGACAGCACCAUGAACAACAGCCACGACCAUAUUCCAGCCAAACAGUUACAACAGUGGCGCUGCAAGGAAAGACAUACCGAGUUCCAGAUCCGAGCAACAAGCAAUUCUAUCGCGAGCUCACGUUCCUGAGCGAUGAAGAGAUGAUCAUGAAGUACAGGCUGGUCCCGUACACGAAAGGGGACGAACGCAAGAGAGCAUCGAAGAGAUUCUCGAUCAGCUCUAGACCCACUCAUGGGGCGAGCCUACGGGCGAUGUAGGCGCGUUUGCGCAGGGCCCGGACAUCAGCUUUAUGGUUUCCAAAUGGCCAACUCGCUCGUUUGAGCCACGUUCUACGCGCUGGACGCAAUCGUUUUAUACACCUUCGCUUUGGCGACUCCGGAGCGCCACUAUACAUCUUUGUAAUCAAGUCAUCCGGGCCUGGAGCUCUGGUUGCAACACUCGACAUGGUGGAUUUGAGAGAAUGGAGAGCUUUCUAGCAUUGAUUGCUAGGCAGCGUGUAAUACUACCACUGUAGACUAUUAGCCAUGAGUAAGCCAUGAGCAAAUGAUAAGACAAAUUGUAAUGUUAGAGCUUGGAUGUUCGCAUCCUUGAAGCUCGAGACCUAUUAAUGAUAAACACCC